GGCUGAAGAGUGGCAGAGCUGGUCAAUUCACAUCAAUCACCUCAAUCCGUCAACCCGUUGUACCAGAAGCUUCUUUCUCAUGGUUGAGAGGUCAGACUAUCAACUAAACCAUGAAGAAAUGUGGAGAUUGUUCUCUAAAGACAGAGACAGCCAAGAGAACACUUCAAAGGGAGUGUUGGAGAUAGCUAAGUUUGCAGUAUAUGUGAGUGUCCCGAUUGGGCUGAUGUACUUCUUUGCCAACAAUACCAAGAAUCUCCAAAAAUUCAUGGGAAAUCGUCAAUAUGUCAUCUACCCCCCUGAAGCACCACGACCUCCCUCACCAGAGGAAAUAAGGGAGAGGGCACGGGAGUUGGCGCGGAAGAGAAACAACCAAUAAGUUUCUGGUUUUGUAAGUAACAAUAAUGUAGCUUCCAGUUGUAUCUCUCUCUGUCCUGUGUGGCAAACAAAUUUAGUCGAAUCCUCAGAUGUACACCGGAGAUGAAUGCGCUUGUCAUUUCUGAUGUUGGGUUGAUCUGUUCAACAUUCAUUUUUA